AUGGAAUUUUCCCCGAGUUCACCUCAAAAUCUGCUGCCCCGAACACAUCAAAACUCGCCUCCACCAAGGCUUUCCCAAGCCUAUCAGCAUGCAGAAAUUCCUGGACCUUGGUCGCUAUCUGUGACUGUCAAGAAGUUGCAAUCCGAAUCCACAAACGGUAACGGGAGGCAACAUGAUGAACCUGCAAUUAUUCGAAUUUGCGACGUUGACAUUGUUCUCUCUUCUGGCUCGGUGACGAUUACCCAAGGCGCAAGCGGUCAGGUCGUCAUAACAUCCACUUCAGAAAUCGACUCCGUAAGGCAGGAAACUUUGGUUGAGCCUGGCGUCGAGCAACCACGGCCCAGCUCAGAAAUAAGUGACUCACAAGUUAGUAUAGCAGAGAUCAUUGAUACGAGUACCAUUAGACCACACACUCCUCUGGGGAGUUCUGAACGUCGUCCCCACCGCCCACGGCCCUUGCGCCGUGCCCGACGGGUGGCUGUUCAAUCGCAAAUGCAAGGAGCAAGGCUGUCCUCCGCGUUUGGUUUGCCGUUCCUUCGUUCUCCGCCAUCUGCCCCUCCCCCUUACACUCCUGGGUUCUGGACGUCUACGGCUGAGGAGACGUCCGUCAUGAGUGAGAUUGUGGAUGAGUUUGGGGUUCCGAUGAUUUAA